AUGACCAUACAUGGAAGAUCGAUCAACGACUUUGACUUAAAGGGAAAGAAGUAUCAUCAAACACCUGAAAGAGGAGCUAGCAAGCACGCCUCGCUGGUAGCGACCAGAUCUGAAGGUGAAAGAUGCGUCUGCGCUCGGAGAUUGAUGCAGUACCUAUAUCAUCAGCGACAAAGGCCUUCUGUGAGUAUUCAUGCAGUCCUCACUUCUACUCAGGCAGCCACGGAGGAAUGGCAGUGUGAUCUUUGUGGUUCUAAAUCGGGAAGAGGAUUUGCAACUUUCGAUGUCCGGCCAAGGCUUUACGAAAUCAAGUUUGCAAGCGGUGUACUUGACGAGCUUCUUUAUCUGGGUAUGCCGUCUGAACGCAGAUUCCCUUCGGGGAUUAUGACGUUAGAGUAUACAAAAGCUGUUCAGGAGACUGUGUAUGAACAUAUCCGUGUUGUUCGUGAAGGUCAUCUUAGGAUUAUAUUCUCUCAAGAGCCUAAGAUUCUCUUAUGGGAGUUCUGUACUCGCCUUGUAGCCCCACAGGUUUAUGCAGGUGAACCAAUUGAUUCAGGCUUCUCCAAACGAUAUGUUCGGUGUUUGCAGAAAGUUGAUCCAAUCAGUAAAUUCAUACACAACUCUGGAAUUUCGAAUCCGAACAAACUAGACCAACUUUAUGUAACCACAACUACAAUCAGGCAACAAGGUUAUGAGAAAGACUGUAAGAACCAAAUCCAAGACCAGAGGAAGAAGAGCAAGAGAAAUUUGCAGCAGAGGCUCUAG